CAAAAACAUUCAUAACAAUAAAAAAAACACAAAUAAAUAUAAAUAUAUUUAUUAUUUUCAAGUGGAGAAAAGAAACAUAAUGUUUAAUGGAAUACCAACGAUGAUGAAAUAUGCAGCCCGAUCGCCAUAUCAGUGCGGACCUAGUGGCUUUAGUUUCGACAAUUGUUUGCGCAACAAAGGACUUAUUAAAAACGGUAUUUCGUUGCCGAAUUGCAUUGGCACCGGCACGACCGUUGCGGGGGUCAUUUAUGACGGAGGCGUGAUCAUUGGCGCGGAUUCUAGGGUUACUAGCGGACACAUAAUACCUUCGAAAAAAAAUCGCAAAAUUUACCAGCUGCAGAGCAACAUAUUUGCCGGUGUUGCCGGAAUCGCACAGGACUCGGCUGCCUUGAUGGAGGUGACGAGGGCGCAGCUGGAGCUCCACCGCAUGAACACCGGAUUCCGCAAGGUGCCGGUGCGCUGCGCCAACCAAGUGAUGAGGCAGCUGCUCUACCGCUUCGAUGGAAAAAUGGUGGCCAAUGUGAUCAUCGGGGGCGUGGAUGCAGAUUUCAAAACACAUUUAUUUUGCACCCGGUCCGAUGGCACUACAGACACCGUGCCGUUCACAUCGCUGGGUACCGGCUGUAUGGCAGCCAUGUCCGUACUGGAAGCGCGCUGGGAAGAGGAUCUGGAUGAGGAAUCCGCCCGCGAUCUGGUCCGCGAUGCCGUAACCGUCGGCGUGGACAACGACCUGCAGUCCGGUAACAAUGUGUGUCUGUGCAUCAUUCGCUCAGACUUCUCGGUUUACUGGGAAGAGCGUGUCCUUAAAAAGAAAACUCCGGUUCAAGCCUUUCCGCUGAUUAUCAAGCCCGGCAGCACUACCAUUUUGUCCACCAUCGAGCACAUGGUGGCGCCGUGGGGAGAGGCCUUGGAGUGGGACGAAGGACCUGACUCAAGACAAGACGGUGACAGUUCACGACCUGAACCAGGAAAUAGUCGUGGUGACACUGGAGAAAGAGCCAAUCGCAGGCACGAAUAUCUCGGACCACCCAAGGCCAAAAGGAGGAGGUUGGAAUAAACCCAGAAUGCCCUCUUGUUCCGAAAACCAAAUGGAAAUCUUGGGAAGUCCUAAAAAAUCACUUUGUUAUUGCCCAAACUAUCUCGUUUAUUUUAGUUUACUGUUUAUUGCAUUAAUUUUAAAUCGAAAGUAUAUGUAUGUGGGUCUGAGACCAAAGUUUAUCAUUAUAUACAUACGUUUUAAAUUACAAA